AUGGCCCCGUCGCCCCUAGCCAUGGCCCCUCGCGACCUGCCGCCCCUAACCGCGGCCUCGGUGCCCUGUUGCAACAUGGUGGGUGAGGGGGUGGCAAGAGGGGGUUCCUCCUGCCUGCGUGCCCUACAGUCCAGUGGGGGGGAAGCGAUCUGCCAUCCCCCUGCUGCGGAUGCGGCAGUGGGGGGAGGGGACCUGCAGCACCAGCCCCCCCCCGCCCCCCCCUUCUCCUCCAUCUCUCUGCUGCGGGUGCAGCAGUGGGGGGAGGGUAUGGCGGUGGCGGGUGUGGCCAACCUGCUGUCGCCCGAGCGGCUCCUGCACCGCCCCUUCUCCUACCUCCCCCCUGCUGCGGGUGCAGCAGUGGGGGGGGAGGGGAUCUGCAGCACCAGCCCCCCCCCCCCGCCCCCCUUUCUCCUAUCUCCCCCUGCUGCGGGUGCAGCAGUGGGGGGGAGGGGAUCUGCAGCACCAACCCCCCCCCCCCCUCCCCCCUUCUCCUCCAUCCCCUGCUGCAGGUGCAGCAGUGGGGGAGGGUAUUGUUAUAGUCACAAUAGGCUUGAAUGUGCCUAA